AUGUCGGCUCUGUCAACUCUGGCCUCCGCAUAGAAGUCUAUAUUGUUUUACUUCCAACUAGCCCGGCGCCGACGCCUCCUCAACUGCCUCCUACAAAAGCGUUUACAGUGUAACAGAUUGAUCGAUCGCCCCCAGCACGGCGGUCUCGCCAUCCUCGCUUCUGCCGUCUCCUCACACCGGCACCGCUUGCGCCUCCUCUAAGCCCUAACAAACUCCCGCAGCGCCCGCUCGCCCGCCUUCGCACGCCACCGGAUGAAGGGCGCGUGGAAGCAGAGCGGCGUGGUGGCCGUGGCCGAUCAACUUGGCUACCUCGGCGGAGCAGGGUUCGUCGGGCGCGCGCGGCCCGUCACCCUCUGUCUCUACGGCCUCGCGCUCACCUUCGCCGGGUUCGCGGUGUUCCUCUGCUUCGCGCCCUCCCUCCCCGUGCCGCCAGCCUCGUCUCCGGGCGCGGCGUGGUUCGACGGCCUGAUCGCCUCCGCGUCGCCGUACCGCGCGCAGGUCUCGGGCUUCCUCUCGUCCCUGUUCCCGGCCAACUCGUCCUCCACGGUGCCUCCUGGUGGUGGCGUCGCGGCCAGGCGUGCCGGGCCGAGCGGCGGCGGGUUCGCGGCGAGCGGUUCCCGAGGCAAUGGCUCCACCUCCAGCGCGGUUCGGCCUGGCGAGCAGUUGGGAAGCGGAGGUGGAGUUCCGCCCAGCAGAGUGGGCAACGGCGAACCUCCCAGCGGCAAGGAAGCGCCAGUUCCUGGGGAUGCUACUGCGGCGGUGCCUAGCGGCGCGCCGCCCGAUGAUCAUGUGCAAGGCGAAGGCGGUGCCGGUGCCAAGCAUUCCGUGGGGAGUGCCGCUGCCGAGGCGAAGGGUGGGUCUGGACCUGGUCCUGGACGCCCGAGCGGUGGUUCAGCCCAGAAUGGCACAUCGGCUAAAGGAAGAGUGCCUAUUCUGAUCAACGGCUCUUACGCGAACGCGAAUUCCGCGGAUGCCGGAGAUGGCAACGGAAUGAGAGCGAGUGCAAGGAAUGCUGCCGGCUCCACGCACCAAUUGAGAAGCGGAACUGCAGCUUUAGGCAAUACCGUUGCUGUUUCAUCCCUUAAUCAGACUGCGAGUGCAGUUGCAGUAGCGGCCAGGGAAGGAAAUGGAACUGCAACUGCAGGCAAUAACCAGACCUUCCUGAUUCAGGCUCCUGCGGAUAACAAGAACCACAGUUCAGUUGCUUCAGAUGGAAGCAAUAGCAGUCCAACCAAUAAGCAGAAUGAAUCGCCUGCUAGUCCUCAGGGGAGCACUAGCACGGUGAAAGAUCAAUCUGCACGAGGGCCCACCCCAGCAGCCAUUGUGCCGGUGAAAGCAGAUGCUAAUGCCGGUCGGCGCAUGAAGGCUGAUUGGACUGAGAACAUGGCCGGCUGCGACUUGUUCUACGGGAAUUGGGUUCGAGAUGACUCGUACCCUCUGUAUCCUGCGGGAUCAUGCCCUCACAUCGACGAGUCCUUCAACUGCCACCUCAACGGCCGGCCUGACAAAGCUUACGAGAGGCUCCGGUGGCAACCCAGCGGAUGCAGAAUCCCGAGGUUGAACCCAACUGACAUGUUGGAGAGGCUGAGGGGGAAGAGGCUGGUGUUUGUCGGUGAUUCGCUCAACAGGAACAUGUGGGAAUCCCUGAUUUGUAUAUUGAGGAAUUCUGUUAAAGACAAGAGUAAGGUUUUUGAGGUAUCCGGUAGGAGCCAAUUCAGGGCUGAGGGCUCCUACUCUUUCUUGUUCCAGGACUACAACUGCAGUGUGGAGUUCUUCCGCUCCCCUUUCCUUGUUCAGGAAUGGGAGAUGCCAGUCAGCAAUGGGAAGGGUACACGGGAAACUCUCAGGCUUGACAUUAUCGAUCCCUCGUUUCCGAGGUACAAGAAUGCAGAUAUCGUUAUCUUCAAUACUGGCCACUGGUGGACGCAUGACAAAACUUCUCUAGGGAAAGAUUACUACCAGGAGGGCAACCGCGUAUACAGUGAGCUGGAUGUUCAUGACGCCUUUCGGAGAGCUCUCAACACCUGGGCUAAGUGGGUUGAUUCCAAUGUGAACCCCAAGAAAACCACUGUGUUUUUCAGAGGCUACUCUGCAUCCCAUUUCAGUGGGGGUCAAUGGAAUUCGGGCGGCAGUUGUGACAGGGAAACAGAGCCAAUAACGGAUGACCAGUACCUCACGCCAUACCCAACAAAGAUGAGCAUUUUGGAGGAGGUGCUCCGGGGGAUGAAAACUCCCGUUGUGUACCUGAACAUAACAAGGAUGACUGACUACAGGAAGGAGGCCCACCCUUCAGUCUACCGCAAGCAGAAGUUGACCGAAGAGGAGAGGAAAUCGCCUGAGCUAUACCAGGACUGCAGCCACUGGUGCCUUCCUGGAGUACCGGACUCCUGGAACGAACUUCUCUACGCACAGAUUUUGCUGACACAGCAGCAUGGGAUGCAACAAUAAAGGCAAGUGUGGACUUGUUCUUGUAUAUGAAAUGUUUUCAGACGUCAAGCUGCAUAGGAUACAAAUCUACAUGAAUCGAUCAAAGGGAAGCUUAUAGUAUAAGUGAGACCAAGGGUUUUGGAAUCCAUGCAUAGAGUAAAGCAGGCAGUUAGCUCUGAAUAACACGAAAUCUGUAUAGGCUCGAUAGGAUUAUAUGAUGUAAACUUCAUGCCUAGUUAGAAGAAAAAAUAAUAAGAACAAAGAGAAUAGAAUAGAUAGUGCACUAGAUGACAUAGGACUAUAGGAGGCCCUUGUUUUGUGAGACUUUUGUCUGCCUGUAUUGUACUAAUAUAGUAUUCUGAAUUCGUAUUCGUAUAUACUUUCUGGAUAA